UUGCAUAGCCUGCAGCAGCAGCUCCGACACGCACCAACAUGCUCCGCUCAACCACAGCCGGCACGAUCCGCUCCCUGUCCGCGUCGCGCGCGUACAUCGCGCGCCCGCUCGCGCGCCCCUUCUCGGCCAUCCACCCCGCUGGCGACGACCGGCCACUGUCGGGCAUCAAGGUCGUGGAUUUGACCCGUAUCCUCGCCGGACCGACCGCGACGAUGAUGAUGAUCGAGUCGCCCGGAACAGGAGACGACACGCGCAACUUUGCGCCGCCGAUCGCGCAGAUUCCAGACGACGCCGACGUGCCCCGCCGCGACCUGCCAGCAGAGUCGGCCUACUUCCUCCAGGCCAACCGCAACAAGCGAUCCAUCACGCUCAACCUCAAGAGCAAGGAGGGCCAGGAGAUCGUGCACAAGCUGGUCAAGGACGCCGACGUCCUCGUCGAGAACUACGUUCCCGGCAAGCUCGAGGCAUUCGGUCUCGGAUACGAGCAGGUCCGCAAGAUCAACCCGAAGCUCAUUUACUGCUCGGUGACGGGUUACGGCUCGACGGGUCCGUACGCCUCGGCGCCCGGCUAUGACGUCGUCAUCGAGGCCGAGGCCGGCUUCAUGCACAUCACUGGCGAGCGUGACGGACCUCCCGUCAAGGUCGGCGUCGCCGUGACCGACAUCCUCACGGGCCACUACGCCCACUCGGCCGUGCUCGCUGCGCUGAUCAAGCGCGGUAAGACUGGUGUGGGAUCGCGCGUCGAGGCGAGCUUGUUCGAGUCGCAGAUCGCCUCGCUCGUCAACAUUGGUGCCAACUACCUCAUCGGCGGAGAGGAGGCAACGCGCUGGGGCACAUCGCACCCCUCGAUCGUCCCCUACCAGGUCUUCCCGUGCAAGGGCGGCUGGAUCAUGGUGUCGGCCGGUAACAACAAGCAGUGGGCGAUCCUCUGCGGGCCCGAGGUGUUCAACAAGCCCGAGUGGAUCGACGACCCGCGCUUCAACUCGAACAACCAGCGCGUGGCGAACCGCGGCGAGCUCAUCCCCCUCAUCAACGAGGUGCUCAGCCACCACACCAAGGACGAAUGGGUCGAGAAGCUGACCGGCAAGGGACUGCCGUUCGCGCCGAUCAACAACAUUGCCCAGACGUUCGCCCACCCGCAGGCCAAGGCACGCAAGGUCGUCGAGGAGAUCGACCACCCUCGAGCUGGCAAGAUCAAGCUCGCCGCGGCGCCGGUGUCUUACGACGGCAAGAAGCCCAAGAUCUACCGCGCACCACCGUACCUUGGCCAGCACACCGAGGAGGUGCUCAAGGGCCUGGGCUACUCUGAUGCCGAGGUCGCGUCGUUGCAAGACAAGAAGGUGGUGUAAGGAGCGCUGCUGCAUUAGACUGGAUCCGCCACAUUUGUCCCAUC